AUGGCGGUUUCAUGGCAUUUGGGAGCAUUGAUGUUGAUAUUCUUCGUUCACAUCAUAGCUGCUCAAACAGAAAGAAAGAUUUAUAUUGUGUAUAUGGGCGCACUACCAAAGGAUUACGAGUAUUCAGAAGAUGAAAUGUCGGUGGAAUCGCUCCAUCAUGACAUUCUAGAAGAAGUUCUUGAGGGCAGCUCAGCAAAAGAGUCCAUAGUCUACAGUUAUAAAAAGAGUUUCAAUGGAUUUGCAGCGAGGCUCACCGAGCAAGAGCAACAAAAGAUAGCUGGCAUGGAAGGUAUAGUAUCAGUUUUUCAAAGCAAAACUCACAAGCUUCAUACCACAAGAUCAUGGAAUUUCAUGGGCCUCUCUGAAACUGUGAGAAGACAGCCAGACGUUGAGAGCGACAUUAUCAUCGGUAUGCUAGACACUGGAAUCUGGCCGGAAUCAAAGAGCUUCAAUGACGAAGGAAUGGGGCCCCCUCCAAGUAAAUGGAAGGGAUUUUGCCAAAACAUCACUUGCAACAAUAAGAUCAUUGGCGCUCGCUUCUACAAUUCUCACAAUACUUAUGGGGAGGACCUUUCGCCACGUGACACAGAAGGACAUGGGACCCACACCUCAUCGACGGCCGCUGGACGUGAAGUGAAGAAUGCAAACUUCUACCAUUUGGCACGAGGAACUGCCCGUGGUGCAGAUCCAUCUGCGAGGCUCGCAGUCUAUAAGGUGUGCUGGGACGAUGGGUGUGGAGAUGCAGACAUCUUGGCUGCAUUUGAUGAUAUGAUCCACGACCGUGUGGACCUUAUAUCAGUAUCAUUGGGUUUAGAGAUGGCCAUCCCUUAUUUCCAAGACUCUUUGUCCAUUGGCUCGUUCCAUGCCAUGAAACAUGGUAUCUUUGUGUCCAUGUCCGCCGGGAAUAGUGGUCCCGCCAGCUUUAGUGCAUCCAAUGUUUCGCCCUGGACUUUGUCAGUAGGGGCUAGCACCAUUGAUCGACGAUUCACAACGAAGCUGACGCUUGGCAAUCAAAGGUCCAUUAUGGGAGUUUCCGUAAACAGUUUCGCCACCGAAAAAACGUUCGUUCCCUUCAUAUUUGGAGCCAAUGGGGCGAUUCAAUCCGAUCCCUCUACUGUAGCAGAUGCAGAUGUUUGUAUGCUUGAAUCUUUGGAUCCCAAGAAAGUGAAAGGGAAGAUUGUUUACUGCAACUCCGAUAUGUCGGAAGGCGAGGGGCCAUAUGAAGCUGGGGCCCGUGGAUCUGUUAUGAUAGCAUACGCCGAAACUGAUAAUGCGUUCACUUAUGUUCUACCGAAUCUUGUACUCACCAAGGAUGCAGGAAAAGAGGUUUCUAAGUACCUGAACAAGACCAGAAAUCCAGUGGCUAGGAUUCACAAAAGCGAAGCAGUCUUUGAUCGAAAGGCUCCCCAAGUCGUUUCGUUCUCUUCCAGAGGACCCAACUACAUCACGCUAGACGUUCUUAAGCCAGACAUAACUGCUCCCGGGGUCGAUAUCUUGGCUGCAUGGUCACCAGAAGGCUCAAUUUCGGGGUGGGAGGGCGAUAAACGACAAUCGAAGUAUAAUAUCAUUUCUGGCACAUCCAUGUCUUGCCCUCAUGCAACCGGUGCAGCCGCCUAUGUCAAAUCAAUUCACCCGUCAUGGUCUCCGGCGGCCAUUAAGUCAGCUCUUAUGACAACAGCUUUUCCAAUGGAUCACUCCGGCAGUCUAGAUCGCGAAUUCAGUUAUGGUGCGGGCCAUAUCAAUCCUAAGAUAGCCGUAAAUCCCGGUCUAGUGUACGAUGCCACUGAAGCUGACUACAUUCAAAUGCUAUGCAACCAAGGCUACGAUGCAAUGCAACUUAAGCUCAUAACAGGAGUAAACACCAGCUGCCCCAAUGCCACUCUUGGAUCUUCCAGUGAUCUCAACUAUCCAUCGAUGGCUUCCGCAAUCCUGAAACCGACAAAUUUCACGAGGACAUUCCCACGGACGGUCACAAAUGUUGGCCCGCCAAAUUCCAAGUAUAAGGCAACAAUCAAAUCUAACCAUCGGGUGAACAUCACCGUCGAACCCAGCAUUCUACAUUUCAAGUCUGCCUAUGAGAAGCUCAGCUUUACGGUGACGGUGACGCUCUUAGGUGAGCCAUUGGAUAAUUUUAAUAUCAUCCCUUCUUCGCUAGUGUGGUCUGAUGGGAAACAUAGAGUUAGAAGUCCAAUAGUUGUGUUUUCAUUCUACGAUUCCGAAUUGUCAUCCGAUGAGAAAUAUACAGUUAAAAGGGCCAUGUAUUCAGAGCCGUCGGUGCCAGUGCCUUCUCCUUGA